GCCUGCACAUGGGCGCGCGGCCGGUGCGCGCGGUGCAGAGCGGGCGGCGGGAGUGGUGGUGUUGGAGGUGCGCGGCCGAGGGGCCCUUCUCGCUCCUCGGCUCGGCUCGGCUCGGCUCGGCUCGGCUCGGGCGCCCGUUGCACCCCGCUGCGUUAGCGGCGUGGCGAGAGGCAAGGGGAAGGAACCGUUGACCGCGCAGCUGCCCCGGCGGAGCGCUCACCAUGUCGCGGCCGCUCCCGCUGAACCCGACUUUCCUACCUCCCACCUACGGCGUGCUGAAGUCGCUGCUGGAGAACCCGCUCAAGCUCCCGCUCGCUCACGAAGACGCAUUUGGUAAAGAAAAAGACAAGGAGAAGAAGCUAGAUGAUGACAGCACCAGUACCACAGUCCCUCAGUCGGCUUUCUUGGGUCCAACAUUAUGGGACAAGACACUGCCAUAUGAUGGAGACACUUUCCAGUUGGAAUACAUGGACCUGGAAGAAUUCCUCUCAGAAAAUGGCAUUCCACCCAGCCCAAACCAGCACGAGCAUAGCCCGCACCAGUCAGGUCUCCAGCAAGCUACCUCAGCGUCACCUUCAGUCAUGGACCUCAGCAGCAGGGCUUCUACUUCAGUCCAUCCAGGCAUGGUGUCGCAGAACUGCAUGCAGAGCCCAGUCAGACCAGGUCAGAUCUUGCCAGCAAACCGAAACACACCGAGUCCCAUUGAUCCUGAGACUAUCCAAGUUCCUGUUGGCUACGAACCUGAUCCUGCAGAUCUUGCUCUUUCCAGUAUUCCUGGCCAGGAGAUGUUUGACCCUCGUAAGCGCAAGUUCUCUGAAGAGGAGCUGAAACCACAGCCGAUGAUUAAGAAAGCUCGCAAAGUCUUCAUUCCAGAUGACCUGAAGGAUGACAAAUACUGGGCAAGGCGCAGAAAGAACAACAUGGCAGCGAAGCGAUCGCGGGACGCGCGCCGCCUGAAGGAGAACCAGAUCGCCAUCCGUGCCUCCUUCCUGGAGAAGGAGAACUCGGCUCUGCGCCAGGAGGUGGCCGACCUACGGAAAGAGCUGGGCAAGUGCAAGAACGUCCUUGCGAAGUACGAAGCUCGACACGGGCCCCUGUAAAUUGGAAAGGGGGCAAUGGGGGGGGGGGGUUUCUUUCUUCUUUCUUCUUUCGUUGCGGGUUGGCAUUUGACUAGAUGGACGAUGUGUUUCCUGUUUGAUAGCACCACACCCAAACCAACCUUUCUGUCUUCAGCACUUUACCAGAAGCAGAAACAAAACUGACUUAAACGUUAACUUCUUCUUUCGUUUGCGUAUGCGUGUCCCUGCGUUCGUGUGUUCACAUGUCUGUACCCGUGUGUGUGCGUGUGUGCAUGUGUGUGCGUGCGUGCGUGCGCAUCUCAGCACUUCCCAUUUGUAUGAAGCCCUCUUCAAAAGGGUGCCACAUUUUUACCUGGACUGUUGAGAACCGCCAUAGUAAGCUUUUUAUUACAUACGGUGUUUUCUUUUCAGUGCUGCUUCAGAGUAGGGGUUUUAUGUUAUUGUAACCAGCUCCAUCCCGAGGGACUCGGAAAGAUCCCAGGAUAAAUUAUAGAAAAAAAAAAGAAAAAAAAAAAAAGGAAAAAAAAAAAAGAAAAAAAGGAAAAAAAAAAGUAGAUCUCAGUUUUUUUGGAGAGUAACGAGCUCGUGUUUGAGUCUGUCUAUCAGAAACAUUAACACGCUAAUAAAGUGCACACAUAAUUUAGUACUACACUGCAGAAAUAUUAAUUUAUAGAUUGCUUUCGUUGUAUUUUGAGUUUUGGUGGUAAUUGUCUUCAGAUUUAAAGUGCUGUUAGACUGAGUUAGCUGUACUCAUUAUAGAGCCCAUAAUGGCUUCUCUGUAGCUAUUAAGGUUCCUUUUCUUUCCACAGACCCCAGGUAGGUAGGAGUCCUGUCGAUGGACUACAGAGUGUGUAUUUGCACUGUCUGUACCUGAAGCAAUAAUCCUGUUGUACGCUAGCGCGCAUGCUGCCCGGGUGUUCCCAGUGGACGUAGGAUGGUUUCCCUCCCCAACAGGAGUUUUUAAUGUCUUUAACAAAAAGCUAAGGGUAAAAGCCACCUUCACGUGAGCAUGUUAAUUGUGUCCCUGCUCUAGGGAGCGCAUGUGUGAGAAGCAGGAUAAUGAGUUGAAAUGAGAACAAAAUCCAGAGUGUCAACCCAGAGCCGAUGUCGAAACCAGAGGGGCUUUUCUGUCUUCAGUUAGUUUUGCAUCUCUUCAAGUUCCAUUUUGUGAUUGAAAAUUAAAUAAAUACCCUGAUUAAUUUGUUUUUUCCCCCCAUGUUUUGUAAUAUAUUUUCUGUGGAUUAUAUCUUGCUGUUUUAAAGAUCGCGUUUAUUCAGUUAGAAGAAGUCACUGGUUUGCAAAGCCCAUUUUUCCUAGUGAUUGUUGUUCUGAGUGUGACAUGAACUGAUGGUUCUGAACUUAUUGUUUUAAACUCUAUUUGCUUCUGAACAUGUUUGUUCUAAUAUAAAGUGGACUUCUGAAAAAUGAAUGUAAGAGACACUGGUGUAUUUCAGAAGGGGAUGGUGUUGUCAUAUACUGUGGUUAAUCCAAACAAUCUAAGUGUUUACUAUAGACCAAAAGGAUAGAGAUUAUAAAGUGUAUAAAGUUUAUACAGAAUAAUUAUAGUAUGUUCGUUUUGUACAGUAUUUUUCAAGUACAAAUACUGACAAUGUAUUUUGAAAGACAGACAUAUAUAUAGCAAAAAAGGAAGAAAAAGCUAUUCCAUGUUUAAAACUAUAUAGCAAAGAUAGAUAUAUAUUCUCCAUAUUGUACAGAAAGGAAAUGCUAUGGGGUUUGUUGGUUGAUUUUCUUUCCUUAACUAAUUCUUUAAUAUUUUAAGCCUACCACUGGCACACCAGCAUGUUCUGUGCUUUACAUUAAAUUUUGAUGGCAGUAAUAUGGCUUUCCAGGAUGUUCCAUAUUACUGGAAAAGAGAGACUUCUUUAUUAUUUCCCAUCCAAAACACAUAAAGGAAUGAUUUAGCAGGGACAAAGCACAACCUGGAUUUUAGUCAACUGUUGACGGGACAGGACAAUGUUUUGUAAAGGCAGAAAAAUGAUGUCUAAGACAAGAAAUCUCAGUCAUUUCUAAUCUGCUGCUGCUGCUGCUAGAAUCUGUUUCCAGCUGAAAUGUUUCUUACAGCUAGCUCUGUUUGGGGUAUACAGUUGUACGUGCUGCAUCUGGUUAUUAACAGGUGAGGAAAACAUGGUGCUACGUCUUGCUCACAGUUCUCCCAGUGUUUUGACCUUAUUUUCAAAUAAAGAGGUUGUUCAUUCCAUUAAAUCAUUAGUCAUGCUUCAGGAGGUUGAUACAAAGGACUCCCCCUUUGUUCAGCAUUAAAAAUACCCUCGCAGGAAUGGCAUCUUUACAGUAUUUUUCCUCAAACGUACCCGAGUUGUCAGCAGUCCUUAACGUGCAGGAUUUGCAGUGGACAAUUCAUUCAGCAAAUUGAGUUUCCGUGUGCUGCAGCAGAGUUUAAAGCAAAAUAAGUUAUUUUCUAAUGGUCAGUAUAAGCCACUGGAUGCAGGGGUAGAGAAACGAGACUGGUGGUGUUGGGCACAACCCAGUGUCUGCUACAGCCUCUAUGAGAUAAACUUCAUUUCUCUUCUUAGAAGCAGUGUGACCAUGGCAGGGCUCAGCUGCUGCUGCUGUAGGGGACACUUUCAGCAGCAGCACAGCAAAUGGCAACAGCUUAGAGUCACCCUCACAGUGGUUGUUGUUGGGGUGACACUAGAACAGGCGAUGGUGUGAGUGAGAUCAGCUGUACCGAGCCCGAGCCAUCGGUGGGCUGCGGUGUGAGCACAGAACUUCCUUUAACAUGGAAAAGGCAGCUUGGAAAAACAAUUGCAGGCGAUGCUUUAGUUUGCUUUGGGCAGGGAAGGGGCGGGAGGUGACGGUAGUUUCUGUAGGCUGGAGAGCACAGAUGUAUUAAGUCACAGCCACAGAGGAGCAUGGAGGUUUCCAGCAGCUACCUCGUCCAGCGGUCCCCAAGCUGCUGCCUUGCCUCUCAGCCCCAUCCCGCUGUGCGGGUGGAUAGGAAGGUGAGUGUGUGUUUGGGGGUUGGAAACAGGGUGAGGGGGAGCAGGACAGGCCCUCCUGGUGCCUCCAGAACGGUCACCUUUAAAACAAGAGAGGAAAAGCCAAAGCAAAGGAUGGGGGCUGAAACUCGGAAUAGGUUCUGUAACCAGUACAAAGUAAAUGCAGGCCAGUUCAGCUCAGUUCCGGUUCCUGAGGACAGCUCAGCUGGGCUCGUCACACCUCUGGUGGCUUUGAUGCUCAUGAAGGAGCUUGUAGGUGUAUGAAAUUGUAAUUUUAUACAAAUAGAAAUAUAUAUAUUUGCAGAAUAAUGACUAGCUUGUCUGAAUGAUUCACUGACUUGUAUUAAACCGUAAAUAAGCAUUGAUCAAAUGCUGCUUGCUUUUUUGUUGUUUUUUUGCUGAAACUUAGAAGUGAUUCAUUUCUUUUUACAAAGGAAUGCCCUCUAAAAUCAAACGGCGUUUGGGAUGUUUGUGAGCACCGCGGGGCUCUCUGUGGGAAAGCCCAUGGCAGACAAGGCUGGGGGGGGAUUAUUCCUUUUCAUUUCCUAAUGGUGCUCAAGGCACUGACCCUCGCACCAUGGGAAUAACGUUCGGACUUGAAUCCAUAAAAGCAAGAAAUUCCCAAUGAAAGUCCAGUGCCAGAGGCUCCGUGCUUGGCUGUGCUCUGUAGCUGCACACGGGGUGAGUUCAGCAGGGCCAAGGGACCCCGGCAUUUGACUCUCUUGCCUCUGUGGGUUUGUAAUGCCCCCGUUGAUGCUUUACAGCUGUUUGUGCAUGUGACACACUAGAGAUGUGCAGUCCAGUUUGAUUUUGUUGACUUGUUUUUAUAUGUGAAGAGAAAAACAAAAUGUAUUAAAACUCACAAGUGAUCAACCAUCGUAUUUCUGGCAACACCACAAGGCAGCGUCUGUUCCGGUCCAGGUUCGGCAGCGAGCUCAGCGGAGCUGUGUGACAGGAGGUGGAUGCAGCCUGCGCUGCUCAGCCCAAAUCCUCUUUAUUUUUGUUUUAUUUUUUGUCUGUUAUUCUUAAUGUUUAAUAAACUUUGAACUUUUUCUUCUCUCA